GUGCUCUAGCUAUUAGGCCCAUGUUUGGAAUAAAAGAUGUAAUGAUUUGGUGUUGCGCUUCACACCCAAAAAUGGCCUUAGCAGCAAGGCGAUGGGGUUGCAUCAGACAAUGGCAUGCAACAUCGAGUAUUGCCUACGCUGAAUCCAGAGAAAUAUUGGCUGCGUGGAAUAGCAAAGAUCAACUAACAAAAGAAAGCAAUGGCUUCGACGUGCUGGUAAUCAAUUCUCAGUUGAAGGAGCUGAUAAAUAAAGGACGUCUGGGAGAUGCUCGUCAGGUGUUCGAUAAAAUGCCACACAGAGAUGAAGUCUCAUGGACCAACAUGAUAGCUGGUUACGUCAAUGCUUCUAAUUCAUUCGAAGCGUUAUCUUUGUUUUACAAUAUAUGGGUCUGUCCUAGUCUUCAACUAGACCCAUUCAUACUUAGCCUUGCGGUAAAGGCUUGUGGGAUCAGUUCAAAUGCUAAGCAUGGAGAACUUAUUCAUGGGUAUUCUGUAAGAACUGGUUUUGUGAAUUCUGUUUUCGUGGGAAGCUCACUUCUUGAUAUGUAUAUGAAAUUGGGAAAAGCUUUGGAGGGUUGCAGACUCUUUGAUGAGAUGCCUACUAGGAACAUUGUUUCUUGGACUGCUUUAGUGACUGGACUUGUUCAUAUGGGUUAUAAUGAUGAUGCUUUACAGUAUUUUUCGGAAAUGUGGAAAGAUGGGAUAGAAUAUGAUUCAUAUGCUUACGCUAUUGCAUUGAAGGCGUGUGCUGAUUUGGAGCAUCUGAAUUAUGGAAGGGAAAUUCAUGCUCAGGUUAUAAAGAAAGGCUUUGGUGCAGGCUCUUAUGUGGCUAAUAGUCUCUCCACAAUGUACAAUAAAUGUGGGAAGCUAAAUUAUGGUUUGUGCUUGUUUGAAAGAAUGAACUUGAGGGAUGUGGUGUCGUGGACGACUAUAAUAACAACAUAUGUCCAGAUGGGUCAAGAUCAACGGGCAAUCCAAGCAUUCUUGCAAAUGAGAGACUCAAGCACGAGUCCUAAUGAGUAUACUUAUGCUGCAAUCAUUGCUGCUUGUGCUAACCUUGCAAGACUUGAUUGGGGGGAGCAACUGCAUUCUAAUGUAUUACGUGUAGGUUUCAUGGCUUAUCCAUCCGUUGCAAAUUCGGUCAUGACAAUGUAUUCUAGAUGCGGGCUGCUAGAUGCAACUUCCAUUGUGUUUAGUGCGAUGAACAAGAGAGACAUUGUUUCUUGGAGCACUAUUAUUGCAGGCCAUGCUCAAGCUGGACGUGGAGAGGAUGCAUUUAUACUUCUUUCAAGGAUGAGAAGGGAGGGAACGAAGCCAACAGAGUUUGCCCUUGCUAGUGUAUUGAGUGUAUGCGGAACUAUGGCAAUUCUUGAUCAAGGGAAGCAACUUCAUGCUCACGUCCUUAUUAUUGGUUUAGAUCGGACAGCUCUGGUACAAAGUGCUUUGGUAAAUAUGUACUCAAAAUGUGGAAGUAUUACAGAAGCCUCAAAUAUAUUUCACAUGGCACAGAGUAAUGAUAUUGUAUCAUGGACAGCUAUGAUUAAUGGAUUUGCUGAGCAUGGGAAAAGCAGAGAAGCUAUCAGUUUAUUUGAGAAAAUUCCCGAGGCAGGUUUGAAACCAGAUUCCAUAGCCUUUAUUGGAGUUCUCAGUGCUUGUAGCCAUGUUGGACUUGUUGAUCUUGGGUUUCAUUACUUUAAUGCAAUGAUCCGGGACUAUAAAUUAAGUCCGUCUAAAGAACACUAUGGUUGCAUGAUUGAUCUGCUUUGCCGAGCUGGACGAUUAAGUGAUGCUGAGGACAUGAUCAAGAGCAUGCCAUUUGAAAAGGAUGAUGUUGUUUGGUCGACUCUUCUUAGAGCUUGUAGAGUGCAUGGUGAUGUCGAAUGUGGAAGACGUGCUACAGAGCAGAUUCUUAAACUGGAUCCUGACUGUGCCGGAGCUCAUAUUACUCUGGCUAACUUGUAUUCUUCAAAAGGGAAGUGGAGAGAAGCAGCAGAACUGAGGAAGCUGAUGAGAUCAAAAGGAGUCAUUAAAGAGCCUGGAUGGUCUUGGAUAAAACUCAAGGAUGAGAUGUAUGCAUUCGUUGCUGGGGACAAAACACACCCCAAAAGCGAAGAUAUAUAUAUCAUUCUUGAGUUAUUGACUUCAAAAACUGAUUUAACUUCCCAGGAAAUUGCUUCCCUUGUAGAAGAUAAGUCAAAACCUGCCAUUGUAUCAGCAUGUAGUAAUUAAAAAUUCUUCAGACUAUGAGCUGUGUCUGAAAUAGAAAGAGGGCAAAACUUGUACAGUGCAUUGCUACUCUCAGCUCCUCUAUGUUGAAUUAUUUAUGUUUGCAUCUCCAUGAAUUUUGGAGAGCAUUCACUGCACUUAAGGCUACAAGACCGAAGUUGAUGAAAUGAAGUUGCUCUCAGGGGCCAAAUCACACCAUCUCCACAGCCUUUUUAAAUUGGUGGUGUUGAGUAUGGCAUUGAUGAGAUCCCAUGCAUUCAUACCUUGACUAUAGAUGCUAGAUACUCUCAUAAGCAGAGGAUGUUGUGUUGGAAUGUGGAACUUGAACACCAUUGAAUCUCCAAAUUUGGAGCUGCAAAUUUGUCUAAAGAUCACCUGUGUGUUGAAUCUUCUGUUGUAACAACAAUUUCCAUGUUCAAGGUUACUCUAUAAGGUGACAGUGAUUUGCUGGGGCAGUUGGAGAAAAAUAUACUAAUAAGGUAACUACUUUUCGACCAAGCAUUAUAUUUAUCAGAAAAUCCAAAUAUGAUUUGUCAUUAUACUCUCUAAUUUCUCAUAUCUAUCUAUUCAGCUGGGAAUGAAUCUUGAGGAAUAUUCCUUGGUAGGUUAAGAUUGUUAGUCGUUAGUCAAUGCAAGCUCUAAUGAACCAGAGACAACUCCAGUCAAGUUGGUUGGACAGUUAACUUAACAAUUACAAGGUUCCAAGUUUGACUCAUCGUGAGAACUGUCUAUUAACCUACUUAGUUUGAGUUUUCCCUUAAAUCAAAAGUUUUAAUGAACUACC